GGCUCGAGGUCAGGCUUGAUUCCCUCGCCCUGCCCUGCCCUGUCCUGUCCUGUCAACCUGGACCCUGACAGGAUGGAAACGGACUAGUCCAUUUAUAGUAGUAUACCCCAUCGUCAUUUUCAUGCCACCUACAACCGCUUUUGUGUACAGUCAUAUUUCUAUACAUACGACAAACGCAAGAUUAACAUCCUGUGAAUACGCGCACCCGUCGCCAUUCCUCCUUCCGUUCGAUACACAUGUCAGCCGACGAAAUGUUCGCCCCCCCGGUCAAUCGCGCCAUGAAGGUGCUGGACCGAUCGUUCUUCCACCGAAUCGUCCCCACCUCCGCCGCCCGCAUCUUCAACCCCAAGGAUAUAUCCAAGUGCCGCACCGAGUUGGACAGAAGCCAUGAUACAAUGAAUAUGAACCGUAUCUCACCGAUACGCUCGGAUCCAAGCGAAGAAAGAGCACGAAGUGGCGGCAAGUGCAUAGUCCUCAAGCCUGAAGUAUUGCAUAACGAUCCAAAAACAUGGAGUCCAAAGCUUCAGGAUCUGGAACGCGGCGGCACGCUGGGCGUAAUUCCAUUCCAACUUCAUUUGGACUAUGACUACUACACCUACUACGAGAUCAUGAACGCGAUCAUUCCACCAAAAGAGGAACACGAGCAUGAUGAACUUCCCACAGGAUUUAGCCAGGCUGGGCAUGUCGCGCAUCUCAAUCUUCGCGAGAAAUAUCUGCAGUAUAAAUAUCUCAUCGCUACCGUUCUCGCCGACAAGAACCCAACCGUGAAAACUGUCAUCAAUAAGCUCGAUAACGUUGGUACCGAAAACGCAUUUCGGACCUUCCAAUACGAAGUGCUACACGGGCCAGAUGAUCUCAAUGUCACCGUCCGCGAACAGGACUGCACCUUUGCCUUCGACUUCGCUAAGGUAUACUGGAAUAGUCGUUUACACACCGAGCACGAGCGUCUCUGCGCCAUCUUCAAUGAAGGCGAUGCAAUAUGCGACGUCAUGGCUGGUGUAGGCCCCUUCGCUAUUCCUGCAGGGAAGAGAAAGUGCUUUGUGUACGCCAACGAUCUCAAUCCGGACAGUUUCAAUAGCCUUGUCGAUGCUGUACAAAAGAACAAAGUCGGAAACUACGUCCGUCCCUUCAAUGGAGACGGGCACAAAUUCAUUCGUACAGCGACAGCAGACUUGCUCACUACAGAGCACAGCGUCCCAAUAUACCCGAAAGUGAAGACAUCUCGAAGCGCACCAAAACCAAAGACUCGUCCUGAGCCAUUGAAAACACUCGUUCAACCCCGAAUCUUUGCGCACUACGUCAUGAAUCUCCCCGCCACGGCGAUAACAUUUUUACCAUCAUUCAUUGGUCUAUACUCGAACGUUCCCGGCGUUGCUGCAGAAGACAUUCGCGAACUAUUUGCGCCCGAGACAGGCAUAAAAUUGCCCAUGAUCCACGUGCACUGUUUCAGCACGAAGAGCGAGGACAACGUUGCCGAAACGAAGGAAAUCUGCGAAGAAAUUUCGAGACAGCUUAAUUUCACAAUCACCCCCGACAUGCCUGAUGUUGACGUCUAUGAUGUUAGGGAUGUCGCACCUAAGAAGAGGAUGUUCUGUGCAAGCUUCAGACUGCCAGAGGAGGUUGCCUUUCGGCAGCUAUAGAUCCAGGAAGACGGAGCCUGAAGAAGCAUUUAGCUCGCGCAUAUUUUCUCGAUCACUUAAAAGUCCUGCCUCUUUAUGUAUAGACCAUUUACAAAGAUACCCAUAGAAUCAUUACUACUCUAACUAUAUUCUCCUUUCGAUGAUUCUUCCGUUCCAUACAGUUUGUAUAGACGAUGCCAGAUACAUAGUAGACACCUGACAAUUUACCAAACGGCUUGGCAUCUGAACGUGAGCGUCGUGGGCGUAUAUAGAACCUACUCGGC